CAAACCUUCAGCUUCAGAAUCAGCGCAAAAAGGGCGUGAACACAAAGCUCGACCCGCCGACACAUCAGAGUCAGCGAGCUGUCGGCUUUCAGCCCCGACCGUGUCCGUGCCGUCGGUGAGAAAGUCACAGCUCACUGAUCCUGAUGCGUCGGCGGGUCGAGCUUUGUGUUCACGUCUCUGUGCAGAAGCCUGUUCCUGCUCUCAGUUACUGUUUUAAUCUUUGGUGGUUGUUGAAACUGAGAUUCUGGCGUUUCGGGCAAAAUAAAUUUAUAUUAAAAAAUCGAUUCAGGAUUUUAAUGAAUCGAUAUCACGUUAUCCAAGCCAGAAUCGAUUUUAAUCGAUAAAUCGAUCAUCAAAACCCGCCCCUAACAAUGGUAGCGCAUGUAUGACAGAGUGACAGUCGCUGGGAUUUGGUGCUGUAUAAAUUCGGUUUUUAUCCUGUUAAAUUAACGCGGUGUUAACGUUACACACGGGAAGAACCGCCGACUUACGGCUGCGCUGUUGUUUCCCAUAGAGGAGGUGGGAGUGGUCGCCACGGUAGGUGGAGCUGCAGGUAUCGGGCGCGUUGCUGUCUGUGUAUCAGGUUAUUCUUAAUGAUUAACAUUUAUGUUUUUUGAAACGCCAUCUCUUGGAAUUCCUCGAAACGUUGUUCAUUGUUGUGCACUUGAAUUUCCUCACCUGCUGAGGGAGGAGCUUGUGCAUACCUGUCUGCAGGAGCUCUAAAGUUGUGUAUCAGUGGGAGGAGGUGAACACGGCACUGUUCAUACCGAGAGUGCAUCAAAUGAACACCUGAUCCAUUUUGGACAGCCAAACAUUUGAAGCGUCUGCACCGAAGCGCCGGGCUGGUUAUCGUCGGCGUCGUUAGUUUUCGUACGAGUGGAUCUCCUCUAAUGUUUUUCAGCAGCGCUGUUGUCGUAGAAACAAGAACACAGAGGCUGAACGUGACUGCUCGGACUGGGCCCUGGCCAUGCCCUCGAAUGCGCGGGCGGGCAAUCUGAAGGACCCCGAGGUGGCUGAUCUGUUCUGCAAAGAUGACCCGGAGAAGCUGUUCACCGACCUCCGGGAGAUCGGCCACGGGAGCUUUGGAGCGGUGUACUUUGCCCGAGAUGUCAGCAACAAUGAAGUGGUGGCCAUCAAAAAGAUGUCGUACAGCGGCAAGCAGACCAACGAGAAAUGGCAGGACAUCAUCAAAGAGGUGAAGUUCCUGCAGAAGCUUCGCCACCCCAACACCAUCGAGUACCUGGGCUGCUACCUGAAGGAGCACACGGCAUGGCUGGUGAUGGAGUAUUGCCUCGGCUCGGCCUCAGACCUCCUUGAAGUUCACAAAAAGCCGCUCCAGGAAGUAGAAAUAGCUGCUAUUACCCACGGUGCACUGCAGGGGUUGGCAUAUCUUCACUCUCACAAUAUGAUUCACAGGGACGUGAAGGCAGGAAACAUCCUGCUGACGGAGCCGGGUCAGGUCAAACUGGGGGACUUUGGCUCCGCCUCCAUCGUGUCUCCGGCCAACUCCUUCGUGGGGACGCCAUACUGGAUGGCUCCGGAGGUGAUCUUGGCCAUGGAUGAGGGCCAGUACGACGGGAAGGUGGACGUCUGGUCCCUGGGCAUCACCUGCAUAGAGCUGGCGGAGAGGAAACCCCCCCUGUUCAACAUGAAUGCUAUGAGUGCCUUAUACCACAUCGCUCAGAAUGAAAGCCCCGUCCUGCAGUCCAAUCACUGGUCCGAUUCCUUCCGCAGUUUUGUCGACUCUUGCCUACAGAAGAUUCCCCAGGACCGGCCUACCUCGGACGUGCUUCUCAAUCAUCGCUUCUUGUGCCACGAGCGCCCGCUGACCGUCGUCAUGGACCUGAUCGCACGAACCAAGGACGCGGUGAGGGAGCUCGACAACCUGCAGUACCGCAAGAUGAAGAAGAUCCUGUUCCAGGAAACCCAACAGAACGGCCCCGUCACCGAGGGAGGCGAGGAGGAGGAGGAGGUGGAGCCGUACCUGCUGCAGACGGGCACCGUUAACAGCAUGGAGAGCUCCCAGUCUGUUCCCAGUAUGUCCAUCUCAGCCAGCUCUCAGAGCAGCUCGGUCAACAGCCUCGCCGACGCCUCCGAUGACAGCAGCAACGAGAUGGCCAUGAUGCAGGAGGGCGAGCACACGGUCACCUCCAACAGCUCCAUCAUCCACCGACCCACGGGUCAGGACAACAUCUACGAUGACCCGUACCAGCCAGAGAUGGAUCAGCCUCAGGCUCCUUCAGCUGGACGCCGGCGAGCCUUCUAUCGAAACCGUGACCACUUUGCCACCAUCCGCACGGCCUCUUUGGUGACCCGUCAGAUCCAGGAGCACGAGCAGGGCUCGGCGCUGCGUGAGCAGAUGUCCGGCUACAAGCGCAUGAGGCGGCAGCACCAGAAGCAGCUGAUGAGCCUGGAAAACAAGCUGAAGGCGGAGAUGGACGAGCAUCAGCUGAAGCUGGACAAAGAGCUGGAGAACCAGAGGAACACGUUCUCCACAGAGGCCGACAAGCUGGCCAAGAAGCACCAGGCCAUCCUGGAGAAGGAGACGAAAGCUGCUCUGACGGAGGAGAAGAAGUUCCAGCAGCACAUCCUGGGCCAGCAGAAGAAGGAACUCACCAGUUUACUGGACUCACAGAAACGCCAGUACCGCCAGCGCAAGGAGCAGCUGAAAGAGGAGCUGAGCGAGAACCAGUCGACUCCGAAGCGAGAGAAGCAGGAGUGGCUGGUCCGUCAGAAGGAGUGUCUGCAGCAGAUGCAGGCGGAGGAGGAGGCCAGCCUGCUGCGGCGCCAGCGGCAGUACUACGAGCUGCAGUGCCGCCAGUACAAGAGGAAGAUGCUGCUGGCUCGCCACAACCUGGAGCAGGACCUGCUCAGAGAGGAGCUGAACAAGAAGCAGACCCAGAAGGACCUGGAGUGCGCCAUGCUGCUACGGCACCACGAGUCCACCCAGGAGCUCGAGUUCAGGCAGCUGGGCACGAUGCAGCGCACCCGGGCCGAGCUGAUCCGAACGCAGCACCAGACCGAGCUGACCAAUCAGAUGGAGUACAACAAGCGGCGUGAGCAGGAGCUUCGGCAGAAGCACGCCAUGGAGGUCCGGCAGCAGCCCAAGAGUCUCAAGUCCAAAGAGCUGCAGGUCAAGCGUCAGUUCCAGGAGACCUGCAAGAUCCAGACCCGUCAGUACAAAGCUCUGAGGAACCACCUGCUGGAGAGCACUCCAAAGUCCGACCACAAGGCCGUCCUCAAACGCCUCAAAGAGGAGCAAACACGUAAGCUGGCCAUCCUGGCCGAGCAGUACGACCACUCCAUCAACGAAAUGCUGUCCUCUCAGGCUGUGAGUAAGGCAAGGAAACCUCCGUGCACCUGCACACCUGACAACCACCCACACCUGAAACCCCGCACACCUGACAACCUCCCACACUUCAGCACCUGCACACCUGACAACCUGCACCUUAGAACCAGAGGCCUGUACUACAAGGCAGGAUUUGGUCUUAUCCAGCUGCGGCUGGAUGAGACGCAGGAGGCCGAGUAUCAGGUGCUCCGCAUGCAGCUGCAGCAGGAGCUCGAGCUGCUGAACGCCUACCAGAGCAAGAUCAAGAUCCACACGGACACGCAGCACGAGCGCGAGGUGAAGGACCUGGAGCAGAGGGUGUCGAUCCGCCGGGCGCUGCUGGAGCAGAGGAUCGAGGAGGAGAUGCUGACUCUGCAGAACGAGCGCUCCGAGCGAAUCCGGACGCUGCUCGAGCGCCAGGCUCACGAGAUUGAGGCCUUCGACUCGGAGAGCAUGCGUCUGGGCUUCAGCAACAUGGCGCUGACCGGCAUCCCGGCAGAGGCCUUCAACCAGGGCUACCCGACCCCCAGCCCGUCCUCGGGCUCCGGCGGCUGGCCGUCGCGGCCCGUACCGCGCUCCGGCAGCCAUUGGAGCCACAGCGUGCAGAACUCUGUGACGACUCCAUCCUGGCGCAGCCAGAAUCACGGCGGUGGAGGCUUCAGCCGCGCCGAGUCCAUCGCCUCGUCCCACGUCCUUGGCAGGGAUGGCGAGAUGAGCAAGAGCCGGGGCCACUCCUCCUCCCAUCACCAGCAGCACUACCUCCCCCAACACUACCAACACCACCAGAGCACGCCGCAGCUCUACCGCGAUGCCCACGAGCGCGACUCCAGGGAGCGGGACCGCUCCAGGGAGUGGGUGGGAGGAGGCGGACACUACGCCCAUCACUCCCAGGUCCACCACCUCUCCUCCCACGCCUCCUCGCAGUCCCUGGCCCUCCUGCCUCCGCCACCUCCGCCUCCUCCCAUCGCCCUCUCCACCUCCUCCCCUCCCUCCUCCACCUCCUCGUCCUCUUCCUCACAGGGCGGCUACGGCGGCGGCGGUCUGAGUGUAAGGGGCCCCAGCCUGAUGGCGCUCAGGAACAGCCCUCAGCCGCUGAGGCGGACAGCCUCCGGGGGGCCAGGCGGCGGGGGGAGCGACGGCGGGUUAACCCGGAGCACAUCGGUCACCUCGCACAUCUCCAACGGCUCUCACCUCUCCUACUCGUGAAUCCGGCGCCAGUUUUAGUCUGGGGGCGCCGUCCUGCUUCUCUCAGGGGACACAGAAGCAGAACGGCGCCAUUUUGACCUUUUCGGUCUUCAGCGCUUCAAUCCUAAAAACAAACAUGUCACAAGUUUUAAAAAAUCAAUUUUGAACGUGCCCUUUAUACGCAGUCACUGCAGCUGCACGGGGGCAGCGAUCCAAUCAGCCAACAACACGUCAACCGAGACAGAGCGACGGCUGUGGAGCUUCCACUCGGCUCGCAGUGCUUUAAAAACCACUGUAACUAUGUACAUAACUGAACUGUAGACGCCGUUUCUGGUUCCUAAGUGUUUCAAACAUUCAGGGCGGGGGGCGGGGCUUGAAGGCGGCGGUGUACAGGCGGCGACCGAGGGAAGAUUUCUUAAAAUCAACUUUUAUUUGUAGUGCUAAGAUUCUGUACACGACAAUAAAAACAAACACUGCCAUCUUUCUGUUGACCCGAGACCAACCUGCCACUGCCCUCCAAGCCACUUAAAGGAACACGCCCAUGUCGCCGCGAGUCGCCUCGGCGUCAGCGCGCUCCGUACAGGAAGCCCCUCCAUCUUUGUUUUUCUUGUGUUCAAACAACCAAGUUUACGAGAUCUCUGCGUAGUGACGUUUACACUUGUCUCUGAGGCAGAUGUUCUACUUCCUGUUGAUCCCAUCGUACGGGAAUGAUCUACUGGUCAGCAGGGGGCGCUGUGAGUGGUCAGCGAGCAGACUGAAAGAGCACGUUUUAUUUUAGUUCCCGUCUUCGCUAACGUCUGCUCAUGCGUGCUGGUUUUAGAUGGCACCCGUUUCUGAACGAUAACUCCAGCAGGCGUCAGGAGGAUAGUCCGCUGCCUGUGGACGAUCUGUGCCACGUUCGUACUCUCAGCACGCCGCGCAGAAUUUAGCUUCUGGUCAGUUGUUUGCGCCUUUACUGUGCAGGUAAAUGUAACUUAAAGGUGUGUUUACCUGCCGUCAUUCUCCUGUUGUAAUGCUAAGCUAGGCUAACCUCCCUGUGCUUAUUCUGAGAGCUCGAUGUCGGGCGACUCGUUCCUUCAAAGUGACGCUGCUGCAGAGUUUUAGAGCUGAAUGUGUGUGUGUGUGUGUGUGUGUGUGGUGUGUGUGUGUGUGUGUGUGUGGUGGUGUGCGCGCGCGCGCCGACAGCUAACCCCACACCUGACCCCCCCCCAUCCCUCCCUCCACACUCUGCAUCUGUAGAUAAGGUGUACAUGUGUGUCACAGAGUAGUGCGGUGCAUGGAGCUCGUGUACAGGCGGCGUUUGUAUGAAUAAACAUGCACACUACCUAUUUAUAUAAAUGCUUAUAAAUGUAAGAUACCUGUGUACAGGUAGCAGGUAAACUGACGAUUGUUCACUGUCCAAAACUCUUGACUUGUACAUAGAAGCACUAAUAACUCUGAGGCUGUGUUAGAGUAAUAAUGAUGACUAUUUUGUCACGUGACUUGAUUUGUAGACGAAUAGACGCCAUCAUUAUUAUUACCUCUACUGCAGCUGGAAUAUUUAUGUUGUACGCUAAUUUUUAAAUGUGGAUUGCCAAUUUUGACCACUAGGUGGGGAAUAAGCGCAAUGUUACUGUGAUAGAGUUAUAAAAAAUAUUCACGUUUCUAAGGAGGACAAAAGGACUACCUUUCCCAGCAUUCCUGUCGAGGUCUCAGGGUGGGAGUCUCCAGUUCUGGGCAGGGCUGCGGGGUUUUUUGUUUUGUUUGUUUUCAUUUCUUUCUUUUUUUGUUUUGUUUGUUUUCAUUUCUUUCUUUUUUUGUUUGUUUGUUUUGAGCCAGUAUUAUCACAUGACGUAUGGACAUAUUUCCAGAUCUUUCACUACGUUUUGGUGCCAUAACUUUAUCAUUUUUUUGUUUUACACAUCGUCUUUAUGGUGCGAAAGACUUUCCCAAAAACACUGUAACAUCUGCAAGAACACCUCCAAAUACGGAAGCCCAAAGGUGUCCAAUAUUAGGCUUUUAAAAAAAAACAAAAAGGAUAAUAGUGUUUAUUAGCAUAAGCAGGUUUUAAAACGUCAACCUAUUAUUAAUACAUUCUUUAAUAACUAAAGGCAGGUUAACACUAAGAAUUUUAUUUAUUUAUUUAUUUUUUUAGAUUUUUAAAUAAAGAUUCACAUUUAUUCCCUAAAGAAUUCCAGUUUUGUGUGUUUUGAGCUGGCAGUGAACUUCAGAGCGGUAAUUAUAAUUUUAUUUCAAAGUUAGAGUAAAACCACUUUUACAUUUAUUUUUUUAAAUUUCUUCACAGUAUUUUCCCCAAAGUAACUGAACCAAUUAAUUAAUCAGACAUCAGCAACUCACCUCUGUCAUCCUUUGUUUUGCCUCCCUUUAGUUGUAAUGUUAUACAUUUUUUUUUUAUUUAUUGGUUUUUAUAUUUGAGAUUUUAAAAACUUUUAAAUUAGAUGAGAGCCAAAAAGAGACUUCUGUUAAAACGACCUUUCAGUCACUCCAUUUUUCUUUCUAAACAAAAAACCCAUUUGGUGUUCAUGAGUUACAUUUUAAGAUUUUAAAGAGUUUCAAGUUUGUUUGGCUAAACUUCAAAUUAUAUGCGUUUGAGAUGAAUAUUGGCAUUUUUGGGCCUCCGUACAGGAAUUCCACUCUGUGUGUUUUCCAGACAAACACCUCUGUUUCAUUUUGCACAGUCCGAAUGGGUAGAAGAUCAUCUUUUUGUCACCUCUACCUCAUUUGCACUGAAAGGAGACGAAUGUUCAGGUGGACUAAAGAGGAAAAACAAACAUUUCUUGGCUUUUUUUCAUUUUCCUUCACUUUGUGCAAAUGUUGACGGGACAAUGAGUGCAAGCAGGAAGGGACAAACUUAACGUCACGCUCAGUGGAAAGCUGUCUGCAGGACAUGCUGGACUUAAAAAAACAUGAGACGCUGUACUGAGGAAGAUGAUUGGUGGGGCGGGGUGGGGCAACGUGGACUGAGUGCUCCUCCUCCUCCUUCCUCCCAAAAAGAAACAAAACAAAAAAACUUCAUUUUGCCAACUUUGUUUUUUGUUUUUUUUUUUAAAUAGCAUUUAUUGUGAAAUGCUAACCAUUCCUCAAGUGUUAUUUUGCCAAUUAAAGCUGCAGACUGAGGAAGAGUCCAGAUCUUCAUCUACGUUUACAGCCGUGAGCAGUUUACUGACUGCAGGAUUUCUGUGUAUUGUCACGUGGUCACAAUUUAUAGGACGUGUUCAUGUUUGCUAUCCUUAGCGACAGUUACUGAGAUGUUUUCAUGUUCUGGUCAACAAAACAUUUAAAAUGCUUUUUAAAUGUGACGUCUUUAUAUUAGGUCAAUCGAACGGUUUGAUUGGAAAUUUAUUGGACAAAGUUGGAUUGCCAUGUUGGAUCUUCUGACAUUUUUAAAUAUCUCGUCUCCUUUAAGAGGAAAGAUGUUCACAAAGGAAAUUUCUUUAAAAUUUAUAUUAUUAUAAAAUGACAUCGUUCUUCUGCUGGUUGUUCUUUCCCAUAAAGUUUUUAUGUGCUAAAUUACAGCAAAAGUCCUAAAAACACAAAUGAAUUACAUUUAAAGUCGUGUAAAACAAAUUUUUGGAACUAGAAAAAAGAUGUCUUUAGCAGCAAAAGUUCCAAUCUUAAUCAAUUUACUGUUUCAGCCCCACAUUUUUCACUUUUUCUACUUUUUAUUUUAUUUUCUCAACUACUCUGUGCUGUGUUCAAGGACAGUUUGACAUUUAAAAACUGAAGGUUCACUCUGUUUGAAAGCGCAAAGUUACCGAUUUCAAGAGUCGAUGGCAAACAAAAUGUUUCUGUUCAAUUCCUCACAUUUCCUCCUGCAGCUUUAAACUUUCAAGGAAAAAGGGGG